AGUACUGAGUAGGUGAUGGCUUGGUUUGUGUGGAGAGGGUUUAAUAUUUAGGUUCGUGACCUACGCAUGGUCCUUUCUGGUUUCUGGUGUGCGGACACAGACGGAGGUUUGGACUUUGGAAGUUGUCUUCUCUCUCUCUCCCCCCUUUGACGUGGUUGAUCUAUGACCUCCCUUUGGGUUAGAUUAAUUAGCAGCAAUGCCACAAAUGUCUCCAUCUUUUCUUCUUUGAGUUCUUCGUGUGUGUGAUUUUAGUGAAGGAGAGGCCUCUCAUAUGAUGCUCCUCUAUUAUGUGCAGCAAUAAAAAUCCCAGGGCAUGCUACGUUCUAGAGAGUUAGGCUUUGGAAUAAGAAGUCUGAUUUCAAUUUUGGAGGAGAAUGGAAAAAUGUCUUAAUUUCUUGAAAUUUAUUUUCGGCUCUUUUCUAGUAGUCAAAUUUUAUUGUCAUUUUAAUUUCGAUCAAGAAUCAAAUAUAUUAAAAAAUAUGGUUUCAAUUUUCAUUCUAAUUUAUUUUAAUUUUGAUUUCGGUCAUGAACUAAAGUUUGGAGAGAUCAAUCUUAUGCCUUUUCUAAACUAUUUUCACCCACCAACUAAUAGUGUUGUUAUAGAUUGCAUAAUCUAGAGGCCUACGGUAGGUUAGAAACCGGACAACAUAUUUAUUAUAAAGAAAAAAGAAAUUCUCAACACCUUAAUAGAGCUGCCAUUAUACCAUUCAUAUAAAACGAACCUUCCAUUUAACGGUUGGCGCCUAACCAGAGAGUUUAGUGUCCUAAAGGUCUAGAGCUUCAAAUUGCGAUGCAAGAGGAUGUUGGAUGGUGUCUAGAAGAUUCUGUUAAUGCUAGAUUCAAAAUUUUCAUAAGAAAGUAUGAAAUUCCUCUAAUUCCUCCUUUUAAGUAAUUUUUCAAACAUACUCUUUUGAGUUCCUGAUCUAAACCACCUUUUUUUGUUUUUUUUGUAACAAAAAAGCAAGGAUUCAAUUGACUGUGAGGCCCUAAAUGUCAAUUUUGUGAUUUGCAAUUCAUCGAAAAGGUUGACACAAAUAUCCUUCCUUAGACUUUAUAAAGUUAUGCAUGACAAUUUUAAUACGAAACGAUAGAAUUUAGGUGCAAAUCAAUUCUCAGUCCACAAUUUGAUGUCACUCCAUGAUCAAUCACUUCCCAAUCUUCAUUUUGACCAUUGUAUCACCGCCUUACAUUACUGCAACUUGCUUCAUAUCCAAGCCAUGGAGUAAGAAUCGUAGAACCACCAAAACCAGUAACACAAGAUAUAAUAUAAAAUUUCUAGCUAACACACUAGAUCAUAAAAUGACAAUCUAAUAGAGACGCAUUUGUCAAUUCUCUUGCUUCCGUAUCUAACUGGUCGAUUUCAAAAAUCUACGGUGAUAGAUUCCCACCGUCAACCAUACAAAGUCAGGCAAUCCUAAGGUUCCGUUAACAAGAAGUAAAAAAAAAAACAAAAACUUAGUUCUCUUGGAGACGACGUUUUUUUGACCAUAUUCGGCCAUUUCCAACUACAGCACCAGAUGACGUGGAAAUGUGGAAUUGAAAGAUUCACCAUCUUCCCUUCGCAUCCCGCGGUAUAUGCCGCAAUCUUUUUUUUUUAUUACGCUACCGUAUCAAUCUCUUUCUCUAUAUCUUUCUCUGCCUGGAGAAUCCACGACCUGCUUCUUUUUCCGCAGACGUCAAAUCGAAUUGCGUCGAGACUUAGGACGUAUUCCCCCGGUCGCAGCCUCUAAGUAAGCCGAGAUAGGAGGAAGAAGGUCGAAUGGAGGAAAUCUCGCAUUAGAGAAUCCCAUCCCAUCAGGUUCGGUCCCGCUAUCGUUUCUAGAAAGUCUCCCUUUUCUUAACGAGCUUCCCGGUGGAUGUCGGUCGGAUCGCGGCAAUCGCCGUAUUUUGAUCGAUUGAUUCGCCAGCAAUGGUUGAUUGUCGGAGCCUGAUCGAGUUCUGCAGAGCUUACCAGCAGCACCGGAUCAUGGCGGCGGCGAACUCCAGCAACCAAAACCACUCUCUCACGAAGGGGAGCAAGUCCUUGAGCCCACUGUCCCAUCCGUUCUGCGAGCACUCGCUUUUCGCUGUCAUCGACGUCGUGAUGCUGCUCCUGGUUCUCGGCGCCCUCGGUGUUCUCACCCUCCCGUGCUUCAAGUUCAUCUUCCAUGAAGCCUCCGAGCUUCUCCCUGCAACCUAUGACCUCAUCGGCGAUGCCAUUUACGAUGCCCCGGUCGGGUAUGCUGCCGCUGCCGUUGCCGCAUUCGUUCUGAUGUCCGUCACUGCGCUCGCCGUGUGGGAGAUUUUCGUCAGGCCGAGGAAAUGCGGGAAUCCUUACUGCAAAGGUCUCCGCAAGGCAGCUGAAUUCGACAUCCAGCUCGAGUCCGAGAAGUGUGUGAAGUGCUUGCCGCCUGUGCUGGAGGAGGUGUUGGGGGCUCGCCCGCUGGAUCUAGGAGAGGAUCGCAAGGAAUUGGAAGCUGCGCUCAAGAAGAUGGCCCCGACAAAUGGCCGUACUGUUCUUAUCCUUCGCGCACCUUGUGGAUGCCCGGAGGGCAGAAUGGAGGUUUGGGGGCCUAAGAAAGUUCGUAGAAUUAAGAAGUAGCCAGCUUAUAUUUCUUGCUUACCGAUAUUUGGUUCUUUCAUAGUAAUAAGCUGUAAACAUUGGAUUAUAAUAACAAUAUGCCAGUCGUUUAUCACCCAUAUUCCUGAUUUCCUUCAUGUUGAAUUUGAAUUAGUGGCUUCAAUAUGUCCUGAGAAUUGUUA